UUGCUAAUGGGAAAAAUGUUGCUUUUUUUAUUGCCCCUAUUUAUGUCUUAAAAAUAAUUCCACAACCCUAAGUAUUGCUCAUGACAUUAUUAGGCACUCGAGAACUAUAAUGUAUACUUUCUGAGACGUAGUCAGACUUGAGUCCUAUGAGACCAUAGUGUGGAUGUCGAAAUUCAGAUCAUGGGUUGGGGAAAGGAGCAAGUUAUCCUGUUAGAAAGGUUUAAACAUGUACUUCGAGACAGUAUGAUCUGCAUUUCUUGCACAGAAGCUGGUGGUGUAUGAUUAGGAAUGCGUUGCAUAAGAUUGUUAUACCUGGUGAGAAAAUCUGUUCCUAUUGCAGGUUUUCCUUCGCUUACCAGGCGUUGCAUUACACCCUUCGGAUGGAGUUUUCAACGUGUAGAACUUGUGAAAUCAAGGCUGCUUGUUGUACCGAAUUUACAACCUUUAUAAACUACAAGUGAUGGUUAACAAUUUCAGUGAUUAAUAUUUUUUAUUUCACACUUACGCGAAACAGUUUGAAUGGGAACUCACUUUGUAUGCCGCUAGCUGUUAGGGUAAUCGGAAACAUAAUAGCUCUGCACAAUGUAAAUGAUGUGAUGCUCCGUCGUAGGCGGGGACUAAUAAAAUCAGAGAGUUUUAUUUAUUUUGUAAUUACUAUUUACCGUGGCUUCAGAGGCGAGAAAUGUGCGUGACGUCAAAAGGGAGUGAAUUGUAGUGUGGGCUUGCGUUGUACUUGGGAGGAUGCUGUUUGUAUAAUAAAAGUGCAGCUUCCUCUAACAGCUGCAGGAAGGAGGUGUUUCUCCUUAAAUAUUGGGCUUACAGUUUCUAGGGAAUCGUAUCGUACCUUUAAAUCGGGUGUGUCGCGAAGGGUUUGUUGAUUAGAAGAUGCAGUAUUAUCGAUACUCUUCUGCAGAAGUCAGUUGCUGUUACAAGUACCUUUUGUUCAGCUACAACAUAAUUUUUUGGGUGGCUGGAGUAGCAUUUCUAGGAGCUGGCUUUUGGGCUUGGAGUGAGAAGGGUGUGCUGUCUGAUCUGACACAGAUUACUCGUCUUAAAGGAUUUGACCCAGUAUGGCUCGUUUUAGUGGUAGGAGUAGUAAUGUUCAUAUUGGGGUUUGCAGGCUGUAUUGGAGCACUGAGAGAGAACAUCUGCCUCCUACAGUUUUUUUGUGCAGCCAUUGGCUUCAUUUUUUUCCUGGAGUUAAUCGUGGGAGUUCUGGCAUUUGUCUUCAAAGACUGGGUGAAAGACCAAGUGAAUGACCUCUUUCUGAGAAAUAUUAGAGCAUACAGGGACGAUAUUGAUUUGCAAAACCUCAUUGACUCUCUACAGAAACUGAAUCAGUGUUGUGGGGCUGCGGGCCCUAACGACUGGGACAGAAAUGAAUAUUUCAACUGCACCGACGACAACCGCAGUCGGGAACAGUGCGGAGUACCGUUCUCAUGCUGUGUUGCUGAUCCAGCACAAACGGUUGUAAACACGCAAUGUGGAUAUGAUGUGCGGAAGAAAAAGCACUCCGAGAAGAAUUUGAUUUAUACAACAGGCUGCAUUAGCGCACUCGAGGCUUGGCUUCCCAGAAAUGUUUACAUUUUGGCUGGAGUAUUCAUUGCCAUCUCCUUAUUGCAGAUAUUUGGGAUAUUUCUAGCUCGCUCACUGAUUGAAGAUAUUGAAAUAGUGAAGUGUGGACCACCAUUUUAAAAAGGAAUUCUCAUUGCAUCACCAAAGAAGAGGAGAGACCCUUUGAAAUCUGGACCAUGGUGACUGUAGCAAAUACAAUGGUCCUUCCAAUGAUUCCUCAGAGAUGACAUAAUGCUGUGGUAAUCAUCACAAAAAUUAUGCCAAAGGACACAAGCAUUUGAAGAUAAAAAACAGUAUAUAUUUAACAAAAACAGAAUAAGGAUUCUGCUGAAAUGCACUGUCACAUCUUUUGAUUUCCAUGCAGUAUUUUUAUACAUUUCCGAUGCAGAAUAAACUUAUAGUAUUUUUC